GUUGGUGUCACCAUUGAGAUGGAAUUGGUGGGAUUUUCAUUUUUCAAAGCUGGCUUCAAUGAAUUCCAAACUUCUUUAUAUCACAAAAUGUGUAAUUGGGAGAACUCCAUCCCUCUCCAACAUAGGGUAGGUAAUCAAUUACACCAAGUUACACGGGCUGCUAAUACUAAAAUACUAACCGUUUCCAUAAUUAAGUUGGAAUCACUGAAAAAUUCGAGUCGGCAUCUCCCGGUUUGAUGGCGUGGGUUUCCGACCACCAUUAAAAUUGUUGUGUAUAUACUAAUACUAUAGCUAUACCGGCGGUUGAUUUAUAUUUUAUGAUAAAUAUUUAGUGUUUUAUUCCUUUAGUGACCGUGUUAUUUCGUUUAUAAUAAUUGUACCUAAUUAUAAAAAUCGAUCUUCUUCGCGCCCGAUUUCGAAGUGUUAAUAUCAUACAUUUUAUUUUGUAUACGUUUUAUUCGAAUACUAUAAUAGUGGUAGUGAUCGAAGACCAGCCAUUGAAAUGUCGCAGACUGCAUCAAGAAAAGAUGGUGAGAAACAGGGGACCAAAAACAUUCCGCAACUGGACGAGUUGUGUAAUAAGAGCAGAAGGACAGCGACACUAAACCCUACCAGGUUCAGCCGUAAUCAGGAGAAUCACGAGCUACAGAAUUUGAAAGACCAUAUCGCUGAUUACAGUAGACGCGUUAAGUUCUUGGAAGCCAACAACUCAAAAUUAACACAGAAGCUCCAUUUUUCAGAUGAGGUGAGAACCCGGAAGGUGUCCGAAGUUAUGGCAUCAUGUAAAUCUGAAUUUGAUAAAACUAGAAAUGAAUUAGAACGCGAAGUUGAACAAAAGAACCGCCUCGAGUUAGAGAAUAGGCGUCAUAUUUUCAAAAUAAAACAGCUCAAUACAAAACUUGACCAAAUUUCAAAGGAGUUGGAAGAAACUAAAUCAUUUGAAGCAAGAUAUCGCGAAAUUACUGUAAAAUAUGGUGAAGCUUUGAUGAACAACAAGAAUUUAAAAGACGCAAUAAUGCAAUUGAAACAACACAAAAUCAGCAAGAAAUAGGAUCAUUAAUGAGUUUAUGGCACAAUUCAACAACCAAUCCAAGCGGUCAUUUUUAAAUGAUUAUAAAUAUUAUAAAGAAAUUUGCCAAGAC